UUGAUGAAUUCAUUAAAUCCUGCUAAUAUUAAUCUUUGUUGCUUGUUUUAAACUCUGAUUUGUCCCUCAUUUUGUGUUGAGUGUGAGUAUUUAUACCUCCAAGAUAAUAAUUAAUUCUGCAGAAAUUUCAUAACCUCAAGUUAAAUUCAGAAAAGACGCUUAUUCCAGAACUGUUUUGGCUCUACAGGCUGAAAUGAGUCGCAGACCGCCAUUUGGAAGCAGCACAGAUAGAGACAAGAUAAAUGUUCAUCCAAGGUGGAAGAAAGAAGUGUACUCGGAUAGUUCAAUUCCUGGCUACAGUGGUACCGAUGUUGCUAACAGAGAGACUAGACAUUCAAACACCUGUCAACAUAGCAGUUCCAUGUCAGGUUGGAAAAGACAGUAUGAAUGUAAGCGUCUUGCUAGCAUUCCAAACUUAUUCAGCAGGGCCCUCAGGUUGUCUAAAGAAUCCCAGGAGAAAAAUCUUGGACCAGGCCGCUACGACAUUUCAAGAGAAAUACCAGUUAAAGGAGCUUCUAAAACUAUUGGGCCCAUAAACACACGUGAAGUUCGUUUUCCAGAGUCAAAAACGAAUAAUAAUCCUGGUGUGGGUACGUAUGGUGUAAAUGGUGAUCCAUAUAUUUAUAAAGAACAAAUGGAAGCAAAACACAAAUCCCCUUCGUCUAAAGGCUUAUUGGAAUUGGGGGGAGAUGGGAGUCGGUCUCUUCCACCUGUGGGAUGCCAUUUAGCACCAGGAACGUACGAAAUCAGCGGAUCAAUACAGGAUUUACUCAAUAAAAGAGUAAGCACUCGUGGGCCUUACGAUCUACUAACCGGACCAAGAAAUAAUGAGAGUGUAUCCGAGUACCCAGAACCUGGGACAUAUCCGAUCAGUUCAUUCACAUCCGAUCUUUUGAAACCUGAGAAACGAUAUGCUGGGAAGUUUCGUAGACUUAUUGAUGAAAAUAGAAAAACUGAUAAAUUUUAUUCAAGUAGUAUGCAGAAUAAAAUAAUUGCUUCCAAAUUGGGACCAGGUUAUUACAAUCCAAAAUAUCCGAAUGAAGAAAGAAACAGUUUCAACAAUCAAGCACCGUCAUUCCUCUCGAGUUCUUCUCGUGACGCAUACUCUUUAUUUUCUGUUAGACGGACUCCUGUAGGUCCUGGACGGUACAAUUCAGAUAGAUAUGACCAGUCUCGUUGUAUUUCGGGUGCUAUGUGCUCCUUUGAUUCCAAUUCAUCAGCCCGUCUAAGUUUAAAGGAAGCUAGAAAAAUAAGAGAACGUCUCCGUCCAAUCAAUGUACAGGUUUGCCAAAAAUCGAAGUUCAGCAGUACAAACCCACGUACGAUCCCACUGAUAGCAUAG